AGUCACCGCAAAACACGGUCAUUGUAUUAGCAAACAAGGAAUAUUAAGUUUUGAAACCCAUCACAAAACCCCUCCAUUCAUUUCCUCACCAUCUGAUACAUUUGAUUUUCUGUAGUCGUCAACGAGAGGAUCUCACCGAGAGUGCGCGGGGCACAGUCAUGAAAGAUUCGGUUCUGGAUCAAUUCGACCCGAGGACCGCCGCAGAUGACAGCCCGUCGUCUCCCGGUGACAGCCGUGACCCGGACUUUGGGUUCGCAUUCAACGACAGCAAUUUCUCCGACCGGAUCCUCCGGAUCGAGAUUGUCGACGACCCGUCGGAGGUCCCAUCGGAAUCUGAGGCUUGCCAAACCCUAGCUGACUGGGCCGCGCGCAAAAGCAAACGACAUCGUGGUGAUGCUGCGAGAAGGGAGAACGACAUGUGCCACUCGUUUUCAGCUUUGGAUAUCAACCAAUGCCCUGAAGAGCAGAUUUUAGAUAGUCCGUCAGAUGGUGAAGAUGAGGUGGGUGAUGAGAAUCAUGAUGAAGAAGAAAUGCUGAUUAAUGAAGAUCUACAUUCAGAAGAUGAAGCUGCAGAUAGUGAUGAUUCAAUUUGGCCGGAAGAUGGUCAGAGAGUCCUAAGAGUUAAAACUGUCCAUAUAAGCUCUCCAAUAUUAGCAGCAAAAAGUCCAUUUUUCUACAAGUUGUUCUCAAAUGGUAUGAUGGAGUCAGAACAGAGACAUGUAACCCUGAGAAUUAAUGCCUCCGAGGAAACUGCUCUUAUGGAGCUCCUGCAUUAUAUGUACAGCAGUACCUUAAACUCUGACACAGCCCCUUCUUUGUUGGAUGUUCUUAUGGCUGCCGACAAGUUUGAGGUGGCUUCUUGCAUGAGAUAUUGUAGUCAUCUGCUGAGAAAACUUCCUAUGACUCCAGAGUCAGCAUUGUUGUAUCUCGAUCUUCCUUCGAGUGUUCUAAUGGCUGAAGCUGUUCAACCGCUUACAGAUGCUGCAAAACAGUUCUUGGCAUCUCGCUAUAAAGAUGUUUCAAAGUACCAAGACGAGGUCAUGAACCUCCCACUCGCCGGAAUCGAAGCCGUCCUAUCGAGCGACGACCUUCAAGUACCCUCGGAGGACGCAGUUUACGACAUCGCCCUCAAGUGGGCCCGAACCCACUACCCGGAGCCCGACGAACGCCGCGAAAUCCUCUGCACGCGCCUCGGCCGCCACAUCCGAUUCCCCCACAUGACCUCCCGCAAGCUACGGAAAGUCCUCACCUGUCUCGACUUUGACCGCGAAUUCGCCACAAAAUCCGUGCUCGACGCCCUAUUCUUCAAAACAGAGGCCCCACACCGCCAGCGGGCCCAAGCUUCCGAGGAACCAUCAUCCUCCAAGGCCCGCAGAUUUAUCGAGCGGGCUUACAGGUACCGGCCCAUUAAAAUGGUCGAGUUCGACUCCCCCCGCCAGCAGUGUGUGGUCUACUUGGACCUCAAGAAAGAUGAGUGUGGGGCCCUUUACCCUUCGGGCCGGGUUUACUCGCAGGCCUUCCAUUUUGGUGGGCAAGGGUUUUUUCUCUCGGCCCACUGCAACAUGGACCAGCAGAGCUCGUUUAACUGUUUCGGGCUUUUUCUGGGAAUGCAGGAGAAGGGCUCGGUUGUGUUUGCUGUGGACUAUGAGUUUGCCGCCAGGUCGAAGCCGAUGGAGGAUUACAUCAGCAAGUACAAGGGCAAUUAUGUCUUUACGGGUGGGAAGGCGGUUGGGUACCGGAAUUUGUUCAGCGUACCGUGGGAAUCUUUUAUGGCAGAUGACAGUCCUUAUUUUAUCGAUGGGGUUAUCCAUCUUCGGGCGGAACUAACCGUUAAACGUGAGACCGUGGCUUAGGAGGAUCGAGAA